AUGCCCUCAGCAGACGCCACAGACUUUGUGCCCUCCACCCUAGCUCCCAUCUCGCAGCUCAAAGACCUUGAAGCCAACAAGGGUACCACCGAGCACGUCGAGAACGCUUCUAUCAAGGACGAAGCUCGGGAAGUAGUCCAGUAUGAUGCUCAAGAGGACACCACCAAACCCCGGACUGGCUUGAGGAAGCUCUUGAGGCGAAACCCUUCCGUCGAGUUUAUUCAGGACGUUGCGCUGGCGAAUGAGACUGAGCUCGACCCUGGAGAGGUGAAGAGGGUUGAGCGAAAGAUAUGGUGGCUUAUUGUCCCUGCCCUUGCGAUCGACUAUGCCUUCUACUACAUCGACAAGACAACACUAAGUAAGUCAGAACAGUCUCACGCAGUUCUCUUCGAUUUCAAGUCAGAUCUCAACCUUUCUGGUACCGACUACUCCAACCUCUCAUCCAUCUUCUACGUCGGCUGGAUCAUCUGGGCCAUACCCGGCAACCUCCUGCUCGCAAAGUUCCCUCUCGCCAAAUACUUGUCUGUCAACAUCUUCCUAUGGGGCGUCUUCCUCAUGGUCCAAGGUGUUUCAAAGGAUUACGGCGAUAUGGUAGCUUUCCGAUUCGUUUCGGGUAUGUUUGAAGCUGUUGCGGACCCGUGCUUUGUCGCCAUCACCGGUAUGUGGUUUACGCGAAAACAGCAGCCUACGAUCAUCGGUCUUUGGUACAGUUUCAAUGGUAUUGGUAUUGCCAUCGGCGGGCUGUUCGGCUAUGGCAUAGGUCAUAUCAAAGGGAGUCUUGCCUCGUGGAGAUACGAAUUCAUCAUCAUCGGCGCCCUCUGUUCCGGAUGGGCAAUCGUCAUGGCCAUCCUCAUCCCCGACUCUCCCCACAGCUCCCGCUGGCUCAACCGUCGCGAAGCCGUCGUUAUCAUGUCGCGUAAACGAAACGACUAUCACACUGUCGAGAAGCGGCAGUUGAAGAUGGGCCAGAUUGUGGAGACGUUGAAGGACCCGAAGAGUUAUUUGUACUUCCUUUUGGGGUUCUUUGCGAAUGUUCCCAAUGGGGCGACGAGCAACUUCGGGACGCUGGUCAUCAAAGGCCUUAACUUCUCCACAAUGCAAACUACCCUCCUCCAGAUCCCCUACGGCACUUUCAUCGCCCUCAUGAUCUACCUCGCUAUCUACAUCAACCACAAAACCCACCACCUGAACAUCCGGACCUACCUUAUGGCUACCGUCACUAUCUUGACAGUGGUGGGCUUUGCGCUGAUGACGUUUACGACAGCCACGGCGCCGAGGCUGAUCGGGUAUUAUCUUACGGGGUCGAGUAAUGCGGUCUUUGUGUUGGCACUGUCGCUGGUAUCGGGCAAUGUCGGGGGGACAACGAAGAAAAUUUUGAGCUCGGCUGCGAUCUUCUUGGGCGUCGCUUUGGGCAACAUCGUCGGUCCAUACUCAUUCCUCUCCUCCGAAGCGCCUAUCUACAAGACCGGAACGAUCGUCUGCAUGUGUUCUCGUGCCGCCGAAAUCAUCGUCAUCCUCCUCCUCCGUCUUUGCUUCGUGGUUCCCAAUAAGAAGAGGAACCAGAAGUUUGAGGAAGGGGAUGAAGAGUAUCACCCGGCGGUGCAGAUAUUUGAGGAUCUCACGGACAAGGAGAAUAGACACUUUAGAUAUGUUGGUAAGUCAAGAUGUCUCUCGGGGUCGAGGUUUUGUUUUGGGCGGGGCUGA